AUGAUGAAAACCACAACUAGGUGGUGCCAGACUCCUCCCUCAGUGACUGUACGUAUCAAACCCAACACUGCACACAUCCGCCAGAUCAAGAGGGGUAUGCAGUUUAAAAGACUCAAAGUCCAAGAUGCCCAGGGUCCACCCAGAAAAAUCCAGCCGAACUGGCAUCGGCUUGAGUUUUAUAAUUCCAAAUUUACUUCGGGUCUGAAACUUGUCAUCCACAGAGAAGAGAUGGUGGCCUUCUUUCGACUGUUUGAUGAUGACUUCGUACAAGAGUUUCUCUGGAUGGACUGCUGCUGUAAAAUCUCUGACAAAUAUUUGCUAGCCAUGACCUUUAUCUACUUCAAAAGGGCCAACUUCUGCAUCAGUGACCACAACAGAAUGAACUUUUUCAUUGCACUUUACCUUGCCAACACCAUGGAGGAGGACGAGGAGGAGAACAAGUAUGAGAUCUUCCCCUGGGCGCUGGGCAAGAGAUGGAGAAACCACUUUCGCGGCUUCCUUGAGCAGCGAGACAAGCUUUGGGCUCGCAUAGGGUAUAGAGCUGCCGUCAGCAGACGUUGCUGUGAAGAGGUGAUGGCCAUCAUACCCUCACACUUUGUGUGGCAGCGAGAGCGAGCAGAACACCACAGUGGCGCCAGGCGGCAUUACACUGAGCAGGACCAGCUCUGCGUGCCCCGAGGCCCCUCAGCCUCUCCUGUUCCCUGUGCCCUCUGCAACCACAGCAUUAGGCGACGUCAAAGCUUGAACCUUUCGUCUUCCUCCAGUGGCUUCUUGGAGCUGACCCCCAGUCCCACAUUUCAGCUGUCAGUCGCCACCUCCAGGGCCAAGGUCUCACGCAGAAAGGCUGGGAAGACCCAAAGAGAGGCUCAGCAUCUGUCGUGCCACUGUACUGAGGAGUUCCCUAGGAAGGAAUCUGCCUGUGGAUCCACUUAUGACUCCUCCAUGGACUGGAUCGACGAAGAGUAG